UCCCCAUCGGCGUCUGGGUUUGAGGUGACAAAGCUUCGGUCUCUCGGCAUCUGUGGCAUAGUCUGUGAGCCCCGGUCUGGCUCGCAAGUCUCUCCUAUUGAUUCGUGUACAUGAAUUCGUCGUCAGCACGUUUUAAUUAGAAUAAAAAUUAACGUUAAUCAGUUGAAAAUAACGAGAGACGAUAACUAGGAGAGACUCUUCGACGAGGAGAACUUCGACAAUCAUUUUUCAGGAGGAAAAAAAAUCGAGGAUUCACGAUGACUCCCGACGGAUACACAAGAGUGUACGUAGGUGGUCUCAACGAGACAAUAAAGAAGGAGGAUCUACAAAUGGAAUUCGAGAAAUUCGGAAAGCUCAACAAAGUUUGGGUGGCAUUCAAUCCGCCCGGUUUUGCAUUCAUCGAAUUUUUGUCCCUCGAUGAGGCUGAAUUAGCCUGCAACAAUAUGAAUGGUACAGAGAUAAUGGGUGCCAAAUUGAGGGUCGAGAUAUCGAGGGGACGUGGCAGAGGUGGUAGCAGAAGUGGUGGAAGUGGUUUUAGGGGUGGUAGUAGGGGUGGUAGCAGGGGUGGUUUUGGACGUGGCGGUGGUGGUUAUCGUGGUAGCGGUGGAUACGGUGAUCAAGGGGGCGGUUAUCAGAGUGGUGGACGAGGUGGUAGAGGCAGGGGACGCUACGGUGAUAGCUAUUCAUCGGGGAGAAGCUCAAGUGGUUACGUAUCGCGUGAUUCUUAUGGACAGGAUGGUUAUGGCUCGUCAUCUGGUAAUUCUGGAUCAAACUACUACUCUGGAAAGGAUUCAGGGACAUCGAGAUACCGAAGUCGUUCACCGGCCGGACGUGGCAGUCAUCGUCAUCUUCGUGAAUGCACAUAAAGAAACUUCGCUACGUUGCCAAUCAGAAUCUGCGGGACAAUUCAGCUAUUUCCGCCUCAUCGAACUACGUACUCUGUCCAAUCUACGCAUCGACGUGUACAUAACAAGAAAUUUUACUGUAAAACAAGAAAACAUGAUAAUUGAAAAAAAUAACCAUUAUCGAAACAACAAUUGUGCUAUGAAUUUAUGUUUCGUUUACGAUCUUUUUUUUUUCUGAAACGGUUUCGCAAAUUCAUGGACUCCAACUUUUCAUCAAUUGUGACAUUUUAUAUUUCUUUUUUUUUUCGGAUUCAAUUUAAUGAGAUUUGUUUUUACAUAUAUCGGGAAUGAGUGAAUUAUUCUGAUGAGUCAAUCGCGGAGUUAAGACUGAUAAGGAGUAAUGCGGUCGCGAUUAUUUGUAGUUACGCGUAAUUUCACGAUUAAUAUGGUAAUAAUAAAUCAGUAGGGGAGGUGGAUAGUGCAGCCGAACGAGUUGAGUUCUACAUUUUGUUUGAUGUUUAUUUAUAUUUGACGAGUGAUUUUAGGGGAAAAUUUCAACGCUUUUUUCUUUCUAGCUGAAAUAUCUCUCAUCAGAAAAUGUCUCUUGACACUUUCCAUUCAAAUUACUCAUUAUCUAGAUUACUUCAUUAGUCAUUCAUUCAUUAAUCAUUCAUACACAUGUGAAUCGAAGCUGGACAUGAAAAGGAUUUGUUAAUUUGAAAAAAUGUCAAUAGGUUUCUUUUCUGGCUGAGGAAAUUUCCUAGAACAAUGUAUCUCAACAUUUAUGUUUCAAAUCAUUCGUUACCGAAUUAUUUACAUAACUACAUGAAUAUGAUGGAUCCAGCAAACUCCAUUUUGAUUGGGAAAUAAUUUUUUAAUUAGAAAAAAAUCGCAUAAUUUUUUUGGACUUGGUAAAUUACCAUAAAAAUUUUCCUCUGAUAAUUUUGUAGUGACGCGUAAUUUAAAAAAUAAUAUGGUUUAUUGAUAUUUGGUGAGUGAUUUUAUGGGAAAAAUUCAACGAUUUUUUUUUCUAGCUGAAAACCCUCUCACCAGAAAAUGUCUCUUGACACUUUUCAUUCAAAUCGCUCAUCGAAACAACUUCACAAUCAUCCCUACACAUUUGAGUGAAAACUCGACUCGAAAAGCAUUUGUUAAUUUGAAAAAAUGUCAAGAGAUUUUUUUUCUGACUGAGGAAAUUUCCUAGAACAAUGUAUCUCAACAUUUACGUUUCAAAUCAUUCGUUGGCGAAUUAUUUACAUAACUACAUAAAUAUGAUGGAUCCAGCAAACUACAUUUUGAUAGGGAAAUAAUUCUUUAAUUAGAAAAAAAUUCCAGAAUUUUUUGGAACGUGGUAAAUUGCCAUAAAAAUUUUCCUCUGACAAUCUUUCGCAGUAUCACUUACGAUCGAGAUAAUAAACAUCAACGGAUAUCCAACAAAAUUUCAGAGAUUGACUUUUUCCGUUAUGGAACCCCCUCCACUACUGAAUGAAAACAUCUUCCUAUUGCUCCAAAGCGGCAAUGAACAACUUGAUUUUAUAUUUUAUACGACAUAUACAUCGUUCAAUCUUCUUGUUUUACUCGCCUACAUAAAAAAUAGAGCUUUGAAAUUCUAUAAAUUCCAAUUGAACAUAGAACUAUACAAAAGUAGAGAAGAAAACUAAAAUUUGUUGUUAUGCAAAAAAAAUUUGGUAAUUGUUGCUAUCAAAGAGCAGCAAUAGUUCUAAAAAAAUGAAUUAUGGACAUGAAUUAUUUCUUGGCUGAUUAUAAUUGAAUUAAGUGCAGACAGUAAGCAAUCUGCGAUGUUUAAACAUUCAAUGUAAAAUGAUAACUUGGUAUUUGGAACAUAAUUAAAUAAUUUACGCUCAUUA